AUGGGGUGGCUGGGGGCAGUGUGGGGGGGGGACUGCAUGGACUUCAAGCCGGAGAGGUGGAUAACGGAGGAGGGGAAGGUGAGAUACGUGCCGGCGUACAAGUUCAUGGCCUUCAACUGCGGGCCCAGAAUUUGCUUGGGGAAGGACCUGGGCUUGAUGCAGAUCAAAACGGUGGUCGCCGCCGUGCUGUGGAACUUUGAGGUGGAAGUGCUGGACGCCGCCCGAGUGGAGCCGAAGAACUCGGUCAUGCUUCGGAUGAAGAACGGAAUGAUGGUCACCAUCAAGAAAAGAACUCGUUCAAUAGAAUAG